UUGUCGCAUCGCCAUUCUGUCUUAAACUUGCGGAAGUGCGCGUUUUGCGAAGGAUGGCAACAUGAAUCGAACGACCAGGCGGAUUUAAGAGCAUCUUAAACAUCAGUAGCAUCUUAGUUGUUACUGAAGUUGGCUGGCCAUUGUUACUGACCGAUAUCACUUGAACCAGUGUUUUUGUUUUAGCUGCCGUCCGACCAGCGUUGUCCAGUGCAACUCUCAUAUUCACGCGUUUGGAUUGGUCGGCAGAAGGGAUUCUCUAAUUAUGGGAGCCUUGCAGUCGUUUCCUGGGGAACCCGAAUAUCUUGAUCUCGCAGAGAAGACGGGAUUUUCCCUCGAGCAGAUUGGAAUCCUGCACAAGAGAUUCAAGCAGCUAAGUCACAAUGAGGACACACUGAGAAGAGACAACCUCAACGCGAUUCCAGAUCUGGCAUGCAAUCCAAUUCGAUCUGAGAUCAUAGAGGCUUUCUUUGACAAAAGAAACUUCCAUCAGAAUGAAGUGGGGAUGGUGGAGGAAAUCGGCUUUGAGGAAUUCCUCGUGGUCAUGUCCCACUUCCGACCUCCGUCGUUGAACCUGACGGAGGAGCAGAAGGAGACUGUCCGGAGGGAGAAGUUACGCUUCCUGUUCAACAUGCACGACACUGACAAUGACGGAACGAUCACUCUGGAGGAGUACAGACACGUGGUGGAGGAGCUGCUCUCUCGUAGCAGCGCCCUGGAGAAGGAGACAGCUAAAGGCAUCGCAGACGCGGCCAUGCUGGAGGUGGCUAGCAUAUCUAUGGGCCACAUGGAGCCGGACGAAUUUUAUGAGGGCAUCACUUUCGAGCAUUUCCUCAAGAUACUGAAGGGCAUUGAGAUAGAAACAAGGAUGAACAUACGCUUUCUGAACAUGGACACACCCACACUAUGCAAGUGAAGAUUGUCUGUGAUGCCUGUUUCUUAUUCUGCCUCUCUUCCUGGAACCCUCUUCUAUUCUGUAAGCUAGGAGGUCACACUUUUAGUUGUGUUGAACAGCACUGAUUGUGUUAACUCUUUGGUUAAUGGGUCUUUCUGUCCAGCUGCCUUGAUACUAACACUUUUUAUUGUUGUUAAAAGCAUUAAGAACAGGUUGAUGUUUGGUACAUUUUACAUAUGCAUAACUAUACAAGCAUGUAGCUAAACAUGCUGUCUUAUGCAGGGAUAUAUACCCAUUGUUGAAUAAUAACAAUAGGAUGCAUACUAUUCAACUAUAGAUUACAGUCAAUCUCAUAAAGCAAUAAUUAGUCUUUCAUGUAAAAGUUAAAACAGGGCAGGGUGAGGAUGCUGAAUGUCAAUUAAUAAUGGGAAUACGGUCACCUCCAAUAUGCAAUAUAUAUUAUAUACUAUAUCCAAACUCAGACUGUUAUAAAUUGUUGUAUUUGGAUAUAAAUGUUAAUGGAUUUGUUUAGUUGUUAAGGCUUCUGCACAGCCUGUUUAUGUUUUACCAGUCAAUGUGAAAUUAAAUUAUUCUAUAGUUUACAGUACAGUUCUGUCUAUUGUAAAAACACUAGAAACCAGACCUAGCAGACUGCAGGACUGUACUAAACACGUUAGAUUUUUCCAAAUGUUUUCAAAAUUCCAGAAACGGAAUAUCCUUGAGCAAGUUUUGCGUCAUUGUGUUUUUGUUUCCUGUGAUGACCAAAGAGAUCAGGGGGGUAUUCCAGAAAGCAGGUUAUGUGACAUACCCGAGUAAGUUAUCUCACCAGCUGAAUCCCAACAUUGUAGCAACAUUGCCAGUAGGUUGCUGCAUCAUUGUGAAUCAGCUGGUGGGUUCAUUUACCUGGUUAUGUUGCAUAACCUGCUUUCUGGAAUACCCCCCUGAAGGUACACUGACGAUACAAUGUCCAGAACAGGAUCCUCAACUGAUGUUUGGUGUUUACUGCCCUCUAGAGACCAAAGAUAUCAAUAACUCUGUUUACGUCCUUAAAUUCACAUUGAAUGCUAAACAACAUUUUCACAGUGCAAAUGUUUAAAUUAUUUUUUUUUUUAAUCUCAUCUGUGCACAGUACUGAAAUCACACUGGAAUGUGAAAUAAAAAUUAUUUAAAAAUUUAAA